AUGUCUCAUGAAAAUACCUCCCCCAACGGAGAUGACUCAGCUGCCCAGAACCAACCUCAUGCAAUCAAUGAGACCGUCCGAUCCUCUGCUCCAAAUGCGGAGAAAGAAGAUCCGAUUCCUGACCCGGAUAGGAGGUUCUCAUCGUAUCCACGCAUCAUUGGAAAGACUCUCCUCGGUCUACUGCGCCCAUCCUGUGGCCUUCCUGUUGCUCUCGCAUUACUAGUCUUACCAGUUCUAAGUCUCGCGAUCUGGAUCCCCCUCGACCUACGGCGAGGAGAGAAAAUUGGCCUGUCUUCUAUUAUCAUCGGUGGAAGCCUCACCCAAACCCAAGCGAAAGCAAUAGACGUGAUGUCAACUGCUAUCUUUGCACCGAGCCUGGUUUUCUGUCUUGAUUUCUACUGGUUUUCGGCGGCUCGAGUCACAGUGAACAAUGAAGAAACAAAGAAUAGCGUUCCGUUAGGGAGUCUGGUCGAGGCUGGUAAGGUGGAAUCUGGCACCUAUAACCCAAGGGUCCUGUUCAGACUGCUCAAUAAAGAAAAUCCUAAGAGUUUUUUGCUGGCCCUUCUCGUCUUGGUAUCAGCUGCAGCAUUUUCCGCAUUGCAAAAUGUCAUCGCCUACGAAGCUUUUCCCACACAUGCUGGGACUUCUACGGUCAAAGUCUGUCAGAUGAAUGAUUUUGCACGCGUCUCGAAGUUGGAUUCAAUUCCAAGCUACUCGUUUGACAAUACGAAUUUUACUACCUAUGUGGAAAACGAUUACAACUACACGCAACGACAACAAUCGGACUUUCUGCCGCAAAUCAGUGAAGUGCUAACCAAGGUUGCAUUUGAGAACGCACUGAAGAAGCUAGAUGAUGGUAAGUACGUUGGAAUCAACGCAACGCAAGCCUCGAGAAACGCACUACCGCCCGAGUUCAUCAGCCUGACUAAUGUACCUGGGUACCGAUUGGGAACAGAAUGUCAAGCCCGUCCUCCGGAUAAUGUUACGAUCAAUACAGCAGGAACGUACAAUGUCGCCAUCGAUAUGAAGCUAGAGAAUGAGAAGAGCAAUGAUACCGUAUUUCGGGCUGAAUAUCCGGGCAGAAUGGAUGUGUAUACAAAUGUGAACACUACUAAAUUUGCCUUUGCUGGUUUCUUGACGAAUCAAGCUCAAGCUCUGCAAGUCUACCUCGGAAGGUUCGUCGACUCGAAAAUGACCCUAGAUGCCAUGCCAUCUCCUUAUGGUGAUGUUAUCUAUAAGUCCUACAACAUGACAGCUUUUGGAUUCAAUGGAACGAAAGCAACUAUGUCAGCCUGGGGAAUCAUAUGCAAUAUGACCCGACAGACCGGUCUACACAACCUCACACGCAAGGCUGAUCUUUCGUGGGAGAUUAAGGAAAGUACCUGGUCGGACGAUCAGGAGAUGACGUCCACUAUGGUCGAAGAUUGGCAGAAGGUACUGAACUUCCAAACACCGACAACUAAUAUGCCCGGCUGGGCACCUGCACUUCUUUCAAGCGCAGUGCGUUGUCCUGUGCCUCUGCUUUCAGACGGACAGUGCGGUACAAAAAAGGUCAUAGACUAUCAGACAUACGCAAUGAACUUCCUCUACGUCGCUGGAGAGAUAGAGCGCAUUCUUUACGAGAUCAAAAAUGCAGAAGCAACAGUAAAUGUCAAGACUUAUCUUCAAGUUACCGCCACCCAAAAAGUACUGCGAUAUCGAAUGACAUACGUGCCCCUGAUUCUCCUCGGUGGAAUUCUUAGCAUUCUCUUCGCGGCAGUAAUAACCCUGAGUCUAAUACUUUUAUGUCGCCAGACAAUAAGCUAUGCCACGUGGCGGGAGGUAGAUAUUCUCCGCAUCGUGGUCGAUACUAUCGAUGGCGUACAGCGCGGCCGCAUUUUCAGAGACUUACACGACCUUAGCAACGACGAAAUGAAAGCCCAGGCUAAGCUCUACAGAGUACGAUACUUUCCAGACACAAGCGAAACAAUACCAGUCGUCAGGUUAUGUGGCACUGAGACUACCGAGAGCAAAUAG